AAGGGGAUGCAAAUAAGUAUUUUUAAAGGUUUUAGGUCAAGUGUGAAAACUUCCUUUUUCUGUAAAGUCUCAUUCUCGGAGUGAGGCUGUGUGUGACAGACUGAUACAAGUGGGUCCUCUGAGUUUUUAUUUGUUUCAGAAAUCCAGUUGUAGUCCCACAUGAGAUGGAGGCUCAGACAGUCACGUGGUUGGUUUUUCUGGCCCUAAUAAAACAUGUUUCUACAAACCCGCCCACUGAACCUAUACUGUCUAUGAGGUCUGAGGUCACAGAAGGUCAGACCAUCACCGUCAGCUGCACUGUUGAAAGUUUCCCACAGUCAACUCUCACCUUGACGAGGACCAACACAAAUAAUCAGGCUUUAAUAAUCACUGAAAAUAAUCUUUAUUCACGACCCAACAACUCUCUCUCCCACAAGAUUAAUGUGACUUCAGCCGACGCUGGCUGGUACGUCUGCCGUGCCCAGAACAGUGAGGGCUCAAAGGACAGCAAGAAGAAGACGUUGGUGGUGAAAUACAGUCCCAAACAUGUGACAGUUCAAGCCAAUCCUGGUUUUGAUGUAAAGGAAAAUGUGUCGUUGACACUGAGCUGUACUGCCGAGUCCAACCCACCAGUGAGCUCUGUCACCUGGAGGAAGACGACUGAUGGGAGAGAGGAAAUCGUCCAACAGACUCAGACUCAGACCUUCAUGGUGAAUUCAGCCAGUCCCUCUGACAGUGGACUGUACAGCUGUGAAGCCACCAAUGACAUUGGAAGUGGAAAGUCACAGCCAGCUGAGGUUAAAGUCAGAUACCCGCCCACUGAACCUAUACUGUCUAUGAGGUCUGAGGUCACAGAAGGUCAGACCAUCACCGUCAGCUGCACUGUUGAAAGUUUCCCACAGUCAACUCUCACCUUGAUGAGGAUCAACACAAAUCAUCCGUCUUUAAAAAUCACUGACAAUAAUCUUAAUUCACGACCCAUCAACUCUCUCUACCACACGUUUACUGUGACUCCAGCCGACGCUGGCUGGUACUUCUGCCGUGCCCAGAACAGUGAGGGCUCAAAGGACAGCAAGCAGAAGGAGUUGGUGGUGAAAUACAGUCCCAAACAUGUGACAGUUCAAGCCAAUCCUGGUCUUGAUGUGAAGGAAAAUGUGUCGUUGACACUGAGCUGUACUGCCGAGUCCAACCCACCAGUGAGCUCUGUCACCUGGAGGAAGACGACUGAUGGGAGAGAGGAAAUCGUCCAACAGACUCAGACUCAGACCUUCAGGGUGAAUUCAGCCAGUCCCUCUGACAGUGGACUGUACAGCUGUGAAGCCACCAAUGACAUUGGAAGUGGAAAGUCACAGCCAGCUGAGGUUAAAGUCAGAUACCCGCCCACUGAACCUAUACUGUCUAUGAGGUCUGAGGUCACAGAAGGUCAGACCAUCACCGUCACCUGCACUGUUGAAAGUUUCCCACAGUCAAAUCUCACCUUGAUGAGGAUCGACACAAAUAAUCAGUCUUUAAAAAUCACUGGAAAUAAUCUUAAUUCACGACCCAUCAACUCUCUCUCCCACAAGUUUACUGUGACUUCAGCCGACGCUGGCUGGUACGUCUGCCGUGCCCAGAACAGUGAGGGCUCAAAGGACAGCAAGAAGAAGACGUUGGUGGUGAAAUACCCGCCCACUGAACCUAUACUGUCUAUGAGGUCUGAGGUCACAGAAGGUCAGACCAUCACCGUCAGCUGCACUGUUGAAAGUUUCCCACAGUCAAAUCUCACCUUGAUGAGGAUCAACACAAAUAAUCAGUCUUUUAAAAUCACUGAAAAUAAUCUUAAUUCACGACCCAUCAACUCUCUCUACCACAAGAUUAAUGUGACUUCAGCCGACGCUGGCUGGUACGUCUGCCGUGCCCAGAACAGUGAGGGCUCAAAGGACAGCAAGCAGAAGGAGUUGGUGGUGAAAUACCCGCCCACUGAACCUAUACUGUCUAUGAGGUCUGAGGUCACAGAAGGUCAGACCAUCACCGUCAGCUGCACUGUUGAAAGUUUCCCACAGUCAAAUCUCACCUUGAUGAGGAUCGACACAAAUAAUCAGUCUUUUAAAAUCACUGAAAAUAAUCUUAAUUCACGACCCAUCAACUCUCUCUACCACAAGAUUAAUGUGACUUCAGCCGACGCUGGCUGGUACGUCUGCCGUGCCCAGAACAGUGAGGGCUCAAAGGACAGCAAGCAGAAGAAGUUGGUGGUGAAAUACCCGCCCACUGAACCUAUACUGUCUAUGAGGUCUGAGGUCACAGAAGGUCAGACCAUCACCGUCAACUGCACUGUUGAAAGUUUCCCACAGUCAAAUCUCACCUUGAUGAGGAUCGACACAAAUAAUCAGUCUUUUAAAAUCACUGAAAAUAAUCUUAAUUCACGACCCAUCAACUCUCUCUACCACAAGUUUACUGUGACUUCAGCCGACGCUGGCUGGUACGUCUGCCGUGCCCAGAACAGUGAGGGCUCAAAGGACAGCAAGCAGAAGGAGUUGGUGGUGAAAUACCCGCCCACUGAACCUUUACUGUCUAUGAGGUCUGAGGUCACAGAAGGUCAGACCAUCACCGUCAACUGCACUGUUGAAAGUUUCCCACAGUCAAAUCUCACCUUGAUGAGGAUCGACACAAAUAAUCAGUCUUUUAAAAUCACUGAAAAUAAUCUUAAUUCACGACCCAUCAACUCUCUCUACCACAAGAUUAAUGUGACUUCAGCCGACGCUGGCUGGUACGUCUGCCGUGCCCAGAACAGUGAGGGCUCAAAGGACAGCAAGCAGAAUGAGUUGGUGGUGAAAUACAGUCCCAAACAUGUGACAGUUCAAGCCAAUCCUGGUCUUGAUGUGAAGGAAAAUGUGUCGUUGACACUGAGCUGUACUGCCGAGUCCAACCCACCAGUGAGCUCUGUCACCUGGAGGAAGACGACUGAUGGGAGAGAGGAAAUCGUCCAACAGACUCAGACUCAGACCUUCAGGGUGAAUUCAGCCAGUCCCUCUGACAGUGGACUGUACAGCUGUGAAGCCACCAAUGACAUUGGAAGUGGAAAGUCACAGCCAGCUGAGGUUAAAGUCAGAUUUGCUCCAAAACACACAAACAUCACGGAGUCGGCAGAGAAGCAGGAGCUUGACGGGAGGAGCUCCGUGAUGCUGAGCUGCAUCAGUCACAGCUUUCCCCCAGUCCAACACUACUCAUGGUACAGGAAGAGUCAGGGCGAGGAAAAGGAGGAAAUUGUGUCCGAGCAUCAAAACCACACAGUGUACUCAAACCAGUCAGGAGUCUACUACUGCGUCGCAGAAAAUGAAGUAGAUCGAAGUUUGUCUGAUCCCGUCCAUCUGUUUGAACGAAACUAUCUGGACAUCCUGAAGUUCCUCGUUCCUGCUCUAUUUGUCCUGAUGAUUAUCAUUUUAAUCAUCGUAGUUUUAAGAUUCAGGAAGAAAAAAUCUAUUCAACAAGGAACAACAAACACCAAAUCCCCUUCUGUUUUUUCGGGUUGGUGUAAUGGUACCAGGAGGAGGAGUCUGACGAAUGAGAAUGUCUCUGCGGAGCUUUUCAGGAGCAGAGACGACCUCUUGUCAGAGCAGUUGAGGCGUCCAGGGGCCCAACGACGCCAGCCUCUUCCAGACAGCACGCCUCCGACCGACAUCAACGCUGUUUACAGCAAUUUGAAUCUGCCCCAGGCUGCCUCUGCACAAAACCCCACAAGACAGCAAGCUGGAAACACCGAGGACGAUUCUGUCAACUACGCUUCUCUGCACUUUAAGAAUAAGAUAAAGAAGAAGCAAAGAAAGGUGGAAGAAGACCCUGUGUAUGCGAAGGUGUCCAAGCCAACGCGAGUUAAAAAGAAUGAACCAGAGAUCCUGCAGGACUAUGAAAACACUAGUAAUGCAACUGCAUGUGCACCAACAUCUCCAAAUCUAUUUGAAAACCACACCAGUGAAGGUGAAGUGGAGCUCCACUAUUCACAGGUGAGAUUCACAGCGAGGCCCUGACGUCAGACGACCAACAGAGACUCCAGCAGCUCACACGAAGAUGAGAGUUCCUACUCUGACGUCAGGAUUUGACCCGAGAUGUUCUCGUCCUGCUUUUUACAGCUACCUCGGGCCUGAGGAAGUUUAUAUUCACAAUAAGUCAUCACAGAGAGUCUGAAGAGUUCAUGUGUUAAGCAAAAUAGGUCGUAACCGUAAAUCUACAGUAAUGUAAGCUGGUCAACAAACCUUAUGCAGCUACAACAAAACCCUGCGUGUUGCCAUUAGGAGUAUUUUAAAACUAGUUAGCAAGAAGGCACAGAAGUUACAUUACUGAGCUAAAAUAUAAUAUAUAAAUAUUUGAAACUGUUAAUUAAAGGUUUUGGGGAAAACAGUGAACAUAGCAAAAUGUGAGGGAUAAACGGUUAAAAUCCUUAUUUUGCAACUUAAAAUGUAAAUAAUGUGAGUGUAAAAUGAUUGUAUUAAUAACUUUUUAUAUAAUCUAUAUAUAUAAAUGACAUGCAGUUAGACAAGAAAUGCUGAGAAUCACUGCUGAAUGUUUUUUUUGUCCUUUCCAGUGUUGUGAACUUAAUCCAAACCCACACACCUGAAAUGUAAAUAUCCUGUAGCUCAAAAUAAAAUGAAAUAUGUUGGAACAAA